AUGCGCGCGCUGCCGAAAGGAUCGAGGUACGCGAAGCAGCAGUGCGAGUUGAUCGAGAAGGCGUUGGAUAUUUUAGCGAGAGGAAAGCGGCGGGGGGCGCGAAGCGCGGAGGAAGAGGACGAACUCGCGGGGUUGUUAAAAGCCGUGAAGCUUUGA